ACUUCAUUGAUCACACGAGACGGGCAGACGUGCAGAAAGCAGACUGUCGCACGACUGACUGACUAUUGGAAUGUAAUUACAGCAGAACAAACUGUCAGAACAGAAGACCUCUUCAUUGUGUCAGAUGUUUCAUUGUCGUCAGUGAACUACAACAAGAGAGAAACCACUGCUGCUGGGAUCGAGAAGUAUGGAGGACUCCAGCCUGGUCAGAUGUGACAGUCUGGACGGUGGGUCAGGGUGUAACAGGGAGGUGAUUGACCACAUGACCUUUGACGUCGAGGGCUCUGACCCCAUAGCAAACCUCGAGCCCUCACCAGCAGAACUGGCUCAGUGUGAGGCUGAAGUAGGGACGCUGCUCAGCAUCAUCGCUGAACUGAACAAGAAGAUGGGGUCAUUGAAACCCCCAAGUGAACCAGGGGACCUGAGACCACCAGGACCAUCCAGGCCUUUGGUUCCUGACCUUCUGUCUCACAGGCUCGUCAGAAGAAGCCCAGAGAGACAAACUGCUUCUGCUGCCGCAUCGAAAUCUCCACUGACUGACAGAGUGGGCAGUGGUGUAGUCUGGACAAAGCUGCAGGAGGUGUUAUCAUCAGUGGAGGACUCCAUCAGCUGUAGAAGACGCUGGGCCGCCCCCAUCACCACCUCUGACCAGGAGAGGCAGAAAGAGCAUCUGAGAGCAGCUCAGGAGAGCUGGGUCAAAGCCACUCAGAUAUUAGAGGAGAUGGAAAACGAGUUUGGGAUUUCUUGCCCAUCGGUCUUACCAAAGGAGCUUUAUCAGGGGGAAAUCCUGGAUCUGGAGAAACACGACUCUCCUCUCAGAGGCAUCUUGCACAGUCACCAGGAGGAGCUGGGGAGAGCACAGAGCACCAUCAGCCAGAUGGAAGAGGAAAGGAACAAGCUGGUGAGUCUCCAUAAGGCCUGGCGGUCAGGCUGCCGCUCUCCUUCUUUCUGGCCCACGACUGGAGCUCUCAGUCCAGACGUGGGCUCUCCUCCCUUCCCUGGUUCUCCUCCCUUCCCUGGUUCUCCUUUACUGCGCAGAAGAACAUCCAGAGCUCUAACACCUCUGUCUGCUGCUGGAGACGGCUCUCCGCUGGGCUCUGUCACCUCAGGCAGCCCCUGUGCCAGCCCCAUCAGCCUGGAGACCGAGACAGAGCGACUGAACAGGUACAUCGAGAGGCUGAAGGCCAGAAACGAGCGUCUGACAGCAGCUCUGGAGCGGAGGAAGGGAGAGUCGGAGCAGAUCAGCGUUACACUCAGCAGACUCGAGUCCGACUGCUCUGCCCUGCAGACGGCUCUCAAAUACUGUGAGGAGUGUGAAGAGGCCUACAGUGAGCUACUGUCACUUUAUGAGGCCCAGAAGCAGCAGAGCAUUCCUCUGCAGACGGACCCAGCAGAAGAGGUCGGUGACAGGCAGCAGCCUGACAAUCCAUCGUCUGAGAAGUCACUGGGAAGUGAUGAGCUGUCCACCUCCUUCUCAACAGCAGGGGUCACAGAGGAGACAGAAACACAGAGUCACACAGGGCAGAGGUCACCUGAGCUGGCGAAUCGAGAGGCUACUCUCCGUCAGCAGAUUGAGCGUCUGAAGAGGGAGCGGGCGGCCAUUAGCCUCCCUAAACCGAACCAGCAGCAAGAGAGCCAACUGAGCCCUGAAACCAGUCACCCAGCUGGGCCCAGAGGGGGACACGUGACCAGAGAGAACUUCAGACCUCUUGAUGCCAAGAAAGAGAAGGCCUCCCUCUUCUAUGAACUCAUUUCUGUCAGGGAGGAGAUGUCAGAUCUGCGAUCUCUAAUCCGCCUCAAAGAGAAGGAGCUAAGGUGCCUGGAGUGGAGUUUAAUGGCCCAGAAAGCUCAGGAAGCAGCUGGAGUCUUUGUGCCAGAAAGUCUCCGAGAGGAGCAGGAGGAUCGUAAGACGGAGAAACAGAGGUUCUGUGAGGCUGCAGCUAAACUGGGUAGUGACGGGGACAUUGUUGAAGCUCGAACCAGAUCCAUUCUGAAAGAGCUGCAGGCCGUCCUACAAAGGGAACAAGCCCUGAAGAAGAGAUUAGCUUUAGUCCAUGACUCAUCGAACACAGCUCUCUCAGACAGAAGAGACAGCGGAGAGUUUGCACGGCUCACACAGGCUCACAGUAAAGCCUUGAGCUCGUACCGGCAGAUUCGCAGGAAGUACCGGGAGCAAGUAUGGAGGCUGGAGCAGAAAGUGGCGGCCAUGACGGACAGUCACCGCAACCAGAGUGGAGCGUCAAAAGCUGCAGGGGAGGCCGUGGAGUGGAGGAGGGAAGAGACUGUUCUGUGAUUCUUCAGUCAGAGAAUCAGCACAGCCAAAUCAUACAGUGUAGAUUUCUGCUGUUUUCAAAAAAUAUAUAUAUAGUUUAUAUUCUUAUAUAUCUUUAUAUCCUGCUAAUUCCCUUUAUUGAUAGUGUAAAGUGACAUUUAUGACCAAGCACAAUCUAUUUGAACUAAAACACAAGAAGCUUUGUAUUCUUCUUGUCAAUGUUGAUUACAGCAUUCAAACAUUCACAGUGCGGAGAAAGCAUGUGAACCCCCGAGGCUAAUGACAUCAAGAAGCUUACUGGAGUCAGGAGUUAGCAAACCAGUCGUAAGUGUAGAUAUUCAUCUGUGCAGACUUAAAGAUCAACCUGUUUCUUAAUGGGGAUGAUUUAGUACCGUGGCUACUCACACCUAUUUCUCAGGAAUGUUUAAAAUCAAACUUAUUUUGUCUAUGUGCUCUUUUACACAGAGCAUCUGUUGCACUUCUGUCCGUCCUGGGAGUGGGAUCCCUCACAUGUCACUCACAGUUGUGCUAUAGAAAGAAAAUCUGAUUGGAUUUUACAAUGCAGAUCGCACAGUGAGGUUGAAAACAAGCUCAGAGUUGCAGCUAAAGGUUUGAAGGAAUCACCGGAGCUGGAACAUCUUUGUUAAUGAGUCCACCAACACAAACUGGAUAUUGUUUUUCUUGGCCCUAUCUCUGUCAACCCAGUGAUGACAUGUGAAGCAGUCGGUUGAGGCAUUGAUUGGCUCUGGAGAGGUAAAUAUAGAGCAGGUGGGGCAGUAGAACAUGGAAACGCAGUGAAUUCCCCCUGUUCAACCCCUUGUGAGAGUUGCCAAUAAACCGAACAGGAUUCCAGAGCUUAACUUGUCUAACAGGACUCACACAUCACAAGACACAUUCCUUAUAUCAGAGAAAUAGCUGUCAUGCCGGCUUGAAUGUGUUGGGCUGACUCAAGGACUGAACCCACUGAGGAUCGCGGGACUGACCUCCACAGCGCACAUGUCCUUUCCUUUUUUUUCCCAUACAAGCUGACUCAAUAAAGCCUCGGCUGGCCGGCUGUGCUGCCGUGACAAUGCUCCGAGAAAGGAGGGGGAUGGGGGCCGGGACAAUGGCUGAUGUGCACACAAAAUGUACGGCCAGCCCAUUUGUCUUCUUUGCACUUUCAUAGUUCUCUCCAUCUUGAUCUCUCUGCCUUCCCUCACUGGUCAGUUCAACCAAAUUAUAGACAAAAAUCCCCCCCCCAUCUCUUGUGGUAUCCAGACAUGCAGAUGUACUUUUGAACCCAUGGAUUUGCCACAGGUUGCAUGUUUAUGAGUUGUAUUCAGUGGAACUAAGACUUUUUCAUUUCAGAAGUAUAAAGAUGGAAAACAAAACUUUAUGCUGAUUAAAAUGAAAGAAAUUCAUUUUCAAUUUUCAAAGUCUCUGCAACCUUGUAUGGGUCCCGAACCUCAGUUUGGGGAUUGUUGCAUUAAUGUUUUUGGUGAUUUCAGAAAAAUAUUGAAUAACAUCUGCUUUAUUCCACCACCAUGACCUCUCCAUGGACAGAAUACCAAGGAGUUUAUGUUUUCACUCCUGUCCAUUUGUCUGCUUGUCUGUUUGUGUAAUCUCAUUUAAGAUUAUACAAAAACUACUGAACAGAUAACCACCAAACUUGGAAUGGGUCAGGGAAGAAUCCAUAAAAUGUUUGUGCAGAUACAGGAACUUUUUAUCUAUUUAUUUUUUAAAUCACUUACUUUGACACUGUAAGAUUUGACAUUUUCACUGAUUUCCCACAUAAUAAUUCACGGAUCUUAAUGGAAACAAUGAGGCACAUUAUAGAUUAUUAUGACGUAUUAUAACUGAUUUCUAUGAGUGUGUGCAUUUAGGUGCAGCUUCAUUGAACUUAAGGGGAGUAUUAGGAAUUGGCGGAGGUAUGCGUUCUGCUAAGUGCAAUUCUAGUUAUAUGUAGUACACCCCAAAUGUCAAACUCAAUUCAACUUGACGGUCUUGGAUAAUGCGGAUUUGUUAACACAUGGACACAACUAGUAACCUACACCACAAGAGGAAUCUAGAACUAGUUUGAAUCAACCCUUUGAAGGCUUAUCUCUUCACAUCUCCUCAUAUCCAUCUUCUUCUAUUUACAUCUCACUGAUACCUCAAUUUCUCUACCCUCCACCCCCAUCUUCUCUCCUGGCUCAUCUCUCAAUCAUAUCUGUCCCCUCUCCCCCCUCCAGCCGACCCUGUGCCCUGACCUACCCGAGCCGGUCAGCUGCAGCUGUGACCGGCGGUCAGGAGGUUAAGGCAAAGGUUGAGUGUCACACCCACAGGGUCACAACGAUGCCUGGCUGUUGUGUUAUCCUGUGAAUGGAAGGUUCAGAGUGCCAGACGAUGUGGCGAGUCCCUGACGCCCUGACUCUUGCCUGCGUUUGCCCUUUCCCGAGCAAAGGUCAGCGCGCGGGGCCUGUCCUCUGCACUGCCCCCAUACCUCCAGGUCACCAUCGCUAUUGUUGUAAUAGCUGCCAUUAGAGCAGAUGAUACAAUUAUCGAUCCAUUUUGUGUUUCCUCUCUCUGAGGUCUGCGUUGAGCCUCUGAGUUCAUCAAAGCUUUUUAGAUGAAGAAAGAAAGUAUUUAGUGCUACAUCAAGUACAGCCUCAUGUGUGGUGAUAUAUAAUUACCGCUCCAUCCCAUGAUUUCAACAGUGUCACUGCCAAACUGUCACAAUAUAUACCUCAAUUAUAUGUGUGAGUGAUAUACAGCACUAUCGUAAGAAUAUUAAUGCUGAUGAUUAAUGUGAGCAAAAGUGUUAAUAUAUAUAAAUAAAAGCAGCAUUUUGCCUUUUUUUAUCUGGUCGAGGUGAAGCUAAUUUGAAUCAUAUUAAAUUUAUGUAUUUUAAGAUAUUAAAUAUCUUGUAUAUGAAA